UUAUAAAUUAAGGGAGAUAAUUACAAGGGAGCUAAUUAUAUAACUGUACAAUUUCAGCAUUAACGAAAAUGAAAGUAAAAACGUUUUCCAAUGGUCUUGUUUGCACCUUUAUCCUAUUUCUUACAGUCGAUUCUAUCACAUCAAAGAACGUUCUCAUUAUUAUAGCUGAUGAUGCAGGAUUUGAAACAUCAGUUUACAACAAUACAGUGUGUAAAACUCCAAAUUUAAACAAACUAGCAGAAAGAAGUUCUAUUUUCACUAAUGCCUUCACAUCUGUUAGUAGCUGUUCUCCCAGCAGGUCUGUGAUAUUGUCUGGUUUACCACAGCACCAAAAUGGGAUGUAUGGCCUUCAUCAAGAUGUCCACCAUUUUAUGUCAUUUGGUGAUGUUCAGAGUCUUCCAAAGAUAAUAAAUAAAGCUGGCAUAAGAACAGGAAUUAUUGGGAAGAAACAUGUUGGUCCUGAGGCAGUCUAUCCAUUUGACUUUGAAGAAACAGAAGAAAAUAAUAGCAUAUUACAAGUGGGGAGAAAUAUUACCAACAUCAAACUUCUUGUUAGAAAAUUCUUGAGCCAAAAUAAAUCAAGUCCAUUUCUGUUAUAUAUUGGGUUUCAUGAUCCUCAUAGAUGUGGCCAUACCCAUCCACAAUAUGGACAAUUUUGUGAAAAGUUUGGUGAUGGCAGUCCUGGGAUGGGAUUUAUACCUGAUUGGACACCACUGACCUAUAACCCUGAUGAUGUCAUUGUACCAUAUUUUGUCCAGGACACACCAGCAUCAAGAAGAGACAUAGCAGCUCAGUACACAACUAUUAGUAGGCUAGAUCAAGGUAUUGGGUUAGUGUUGAGAGAGCUAGAGAUAGCUGGAUAUUUAGAUGAUACAUUGAUAAUUUAUACAUCUGAUAAUGGUAUACCCUUCCCUAAUGGCAGAACUAAUUUGUAUGACUCUGGAAUAACAGAACCAUUCUUACUAUCAUCACCUCUUCACAGAAGCACAUGGGGCAUGGAAAUACAGAAAUUAGUGAGUCAUGUUGAUAUUGUUCCUACAGUGCUUAAUUGGUUCAACAUUCAGUAUCCAGAGUACAAGCUUCUCCAUAACCCAGUUAUUCUGACAGGAAAAUCAUUAUUGCCAUUGCUAUGCAAUAAAGACAGAGAAUCAGAAGAAGCCAUAUUUACCAGUCAUAAUUUGCAUGAAGUGACCAUGUAUUAUCCAAUGAGAUCUAUUCGUACAAAAGAUUUCAAACUUUUACAUAAUUUGAAUUACCUGAUGCCUUUUCAAAUUGACCAGGACUUUUUCAUUUCAAACACCUUUCAAGAUUUGUUGAAUAGGACUAGAGAAGGCAUAUCAACACAUUGGUAUAAAAAUUUAAAACAGUAUUACUACCGAGAUCAGUGGGAAUUCUUUGAUUUGUCAACAGAUCCACAAGAACGUAUUAAUCAGAUAAGAAAUGAGAAAUACACAGGAAUAAUAAAUCAUUUAAAGCAACAGUUAUAUCAGUGGCAAAAUAUAACAUCAGAUGCAUGGAUUUGUCAACCGCAGGGAAUUCUAGAAAAUAAGGGAUAUUAUAAACUUAGUCCUCACUGUUUUUCUGGAGAUUAUGGUGUAUGAAUUAUAACUUCAAAAAUUGUUACUAAUUCAUAGAUAUAUAUGCAUGAAUAUAAACCGUCAGCAUAAUUAAAACGACAUAGAAUUGGCCAGAUUCAUGAUGGAUUGAACAUAAAUGUGUAUGCAAAACAACAGAUUCUUUGGUACUAGUUGUCUUAUAUUGUAACAUUGUUUAAUGAGUGGUCUUCAUAUUUGCCUUCUCUUUGCAACAGUAGUUUCUUCUCUGUUGGACUUGGAAACAGUAAUUGAAAAGUAAAGCCAUCAGAAUUUCAUCUAUAUUAAAGAAUAAAAGAAAAAGCACUAUUGUGCCAAUGAAGGCUGAAUGGACUUUGAAUGUAUGGAUAAUGCAUCAACUUUGAUUUUACAAUGUGAACAAGAAAUGAUGUUCGGGAGAUUGUCAUUAUCAAGUUAUUUUACAUUAAAAAUGUAAUCACAGAACAACAAAAGUAUUUUUCAAUAUAUAAAAUUAUAUGUACAACAUUGCGUAUUUUGACACUCCUAUAGGAAAUUGUAAGAAACACUUCAGCAGUCUUUUUGUGGUAAGAGAUUACGUUGUCAGGAGCAUGAAGUAUGAGAAGAUGUCAAAGUUUUUGACAAAUAUGGACAAAUUUUCAGAUGGUAUUCAAUUAAAACCAGUCAUUUCCAUGCAUUUUCUAAAUCAUACAAAUGAAACAAAAUUGCUGUGAAUUUAUUGAAUAUUUCAGUGAUUAAGAUUCUUUGGAAAAUAAAUUGCUCAACUACUUGCUGUAGAACAAACUGUUCAAGUUGGUUGGUUUCUUUCAAAUGGU